GGACAGGAACUGCACUCCAAUGUCACUUCCGGUACUUCCAGGCGGGGAAUUUUGAAACUUUGAGGACUAACGAGUUAAAUCAAAAUGAACUGCUCUCAAGUUAUUCAGUCGUAGUUUUGCAUUAGUUAUUUGUUGUUUAGUUAGCUUGUGUGAUAUGUAUUUGCUAAUUAAUUAAUAAUUAGUUUUACUAAUUUCUCAAGUCAGCUAGGUUGUCGAUAGCUACUAGCCAGAUAACGUUCAUGUGUAUUCUUGCUAGCUAAUCACCCACCGAAUUCGUGUAUUAACGUUAGUAAAUAAAUUGGACAGACGGCAAGGAUGAGCAACGAGACACAUCAAUCCUUUUUGGCUGAUUCUACCAGCCAGCCACGAAGGAGGUCAGCGCGGUUGACCUCUCCAAAUCAAAAUGUCCCCAACUCAGCUCCUACAGACACUGUGAAACGCAGCAUCACUGUGAGGAAAAUUGCACCCAGGAAAACACAAUUCAAUGUACCCUCUGAGGACAACAAAGAAAAUGAACAAAGAUUGUCUGAAGGCAGUCUGAAGAAGGCCAACAUUUCUAUCCCAGGAACUGCCCAGGUUCCUCCACCAAAAGCCACCAUGCUCUCCCCGAUUUUGGCCCCCUCACCACCCUAUCCCCAGGCUGCAGGGAACCCUGAGGACUCAGCAUGGUCACAGAAGGUUCGUCGGUCCUACAGCCGCCUAAGCCUAGGGGACCGUUCGUUUGAGCAUCCCCAAGGCCAGGACGUGUCCUCCCCAUCUCUGCGUCGGGAGACCCUGUUUGGAUUUGAGAAGCUUCAGACACCCCAGGUUUUCCGCAAGGUGGCGCAGUCCAGGGUGGGCUCUGAGGCCUCCAAGUCAUUCUGUGGGGUCAGCUCCUUCACCCUGAUAGAAGGGGACGACAGUGCUGCUCCUGAGCCAGAUUUCAACAUUCCUGGAGUUGCUGUGGUAAAGGAGAAGAGGAGGAGGAAGAAGGUUCCUCAAAUAAAACUGGCAGAGUUGGACGACCUUGCUGCAAAGAUGAAUGCAGAUUUUGAAGAGGCGGAAGGAUUUGAUUUGGUGGUGGAAUAAACUCAUAGGUCAUCCUCAAAGACUUUGACAUGUAACUAGAAAUCCUUUUUGCCAAGAUUGGAGAAAGUAAACUUUUUACACUUCUAUGAUUGCAUUUCUAAGGUGAUGAGGUGUGAAAGUAGUUGAUAUUUGCAUAAUUAUGGCACCUAUGGGAACAACAAACAGGAUUAAUUUACAAUACAGAUGUAGGCUUUUUCAAUGUUCUAAAUGUGAGAUUGGUUUAAAAAGUGACUUAAUACGAGUUGUGUAAUCUUAAAACCAGUUUCUAUCUUCACUGAUGUUCCUGUCACUUUGAUAGGUUGAUAUUUCUUUUAUUUUUGAGAUAACAACUUCAUUAGGUCACAGGGACAUUAUCUUGUGUUGAAGAGCACCCUUUUAUAUUUUAAAUCAUUGUAAAUUGGAUUACAGACAUCGGGUGUGUUUUAACUUGUAAGAUUUAUUUACAAAGCCUUUUCUGUGAUGUUGAGAUUACAGUUGUUUGUUUUUUACUUUGUUCUUUUCCUAAGUGUUAGAAUUUGGCACAGAAGAUGUCCAAACUAAGAAUCUUUAUCAUGGCAGAUUGUCAUGUCCUACUAUGAUUUCAGAACUUGUGUUUUUGGAUUUGAUUGAAGCCUGCAUGUCAUGCAUUCCCUUGUCACAUUUGUUCUCUAGAGGGUGCUCUCACCCUCUCAUUGUGGAAGCCAUCACUGUUUUUACAUAUAAAAUAUUAGUUUAAAUGUAAUUAUUUAUUCCUCUUAUAUACAGUUGCAGUUGGAAGUUUAUAUACACCUUAGCCAAAUA